UCAGGUCUCAGAGGAAGAGGACAAAGGUGAUUGUAAGCUCGGCUGUGCCAGGCUCUUCUUUCUGCCUCGGCUUUCUAACAGUAUGACAUAGUGUUGGUGCAAGCAGGAUCUCUUGUGGAAUAAAAAGUGUGAGGGGGCAGAAAAAAGGGUGAAAAGUCAGAAAACCAAAGUGUCUGGAGUUGGACAGGUGAAAGAUAGGGAUGGGAACACUACCAACUGAGAUUAGACGGCUUUUGGAUGACUGUGAGCUGUUUGUAUCAGAGGUCCUUCAAGACGAGGUGCUCGGGGGAAAGGCCCAAGAGACACGAAACGUCUUACUGAACAACUUCAGGAUUGUCCAUAUCAAACACCCUAAUGAAUUCCCCUUCCCCCCAUUGGGCUUUAGGGAUGACGACGGUUCCAGCCUGGGUCCCUCUGCCCAAUCGGACGAUGCCUCUGACUACCAGGAUGAUGGAGACUUUGGGGACAUUCCGGCCGUUACAGUCCAGGACCUCAGCAACAUCUUGAAACAAGGCCACCUGGAGAAGAAACGAAGAGAUCACAGCUUCUUCGGCUCGGAGUGGCAAAAGAGAUGGUGUGUCCUGAACAAUUCAAUAUUCUACUACUUUGGGAGUGAUAAAGAUAAGCAGCAGAAAGGUUCCUUUUACAUCAUCGACUACGCCGUGCAGCUGGCCAGCAACCUGAGAAAAGACUCCAGGAGAAACUGCUGCUUUGAGUUCUUUUGUUCCGGACGGCGGUCUUUCCAGUUCACUGCCAACAGUCCUCAAGAGGCCAGAGAAUGGGUGGACCAAAUCAAUUUUGUACUUCGAGACCUGCGCUCCACCUCCAUCCCUUGCGACGAAGACGAAGAGCAGGAGGAGGAGGAAGAGGAGACCUAUGAUGACGUUGACACGUCCAAACCGGGAGGAGGUUCCGAGGCGGGGGAGGUCGGGGAAGAGGACGAGGAUAUCUACGAGGUGCUUCCAGAGGAGGAUUUUCCUGAUCCGACAGAUGAGAGCAGUGAAAGGAACAGCAGACCAGAUUGGUCAUCAGAUUACGCCAACUUCUACCAGGGUUUAUGGGAUUGCCAGGCCGACGAGGCGGACGAGCUGCCCUUCCAGCGAGGGGACCUCAUCUACAUCGUUAGCAAGGAGCACAACAUUCACGGCUGGUGGGUCGGCGAGUUGAACGGCACCAUUGGCAUCGUCCCCAAGACUUCAUGCACCCGGCCUACAUCCUCUGAGCCCCGACAGUGCCUAUGAAGACGUGUCCAGCCAUGAAUUUCACAGAUAAUCUUUUGGGAUUUGCAAACGAUUCUCCCUCACGAGACUCCAACAUGCAUCGUGUAAUGUAAGGGAUUUUUCCAGCGCACUAUUAAUACCCUUCAAUAUUAAGUCACCCUACUCUGGCAAAAUAGAAUAAGAACAUUUUGAUAAAUGACAGGAAAAGACUCUCAAGGGUGAAGAUUUUGUUUUUCAUUUUAUUAAAUCACUGACUAAAAUUAAUCUAAAUUAGUUAUCUUAUUUAUCAUAAUUUUAAAAAUAUUGUAAUGCAUCUUAGAAAUAACUUAGUUGCCUCUCUAGUUUAUAGAGUAAUUAUGGAUUCAUACAUUUCAUUCAGUGGUUAAAAUGAGAUUGUUAGUUGAUUUUGCUCGAUUCAUUGUGAAUACAUUAAAACACAGAUGUAUGAUUUGUAGAAUAUUUUACCAUAAGUGGAGUUUUACACUUCAAUAUCCAAACAUCCAGCCUUUAUUGCUUGUGUGAUUUUGUGUGUGUGUGUGGGGACAUUAAACGGUUUCAUCUGCAGCCACUAGGUGGCAGCAUUGCUCAAACAUCGAGUUGUUUGAUAACUUAUAAUAAAAUAAGCACUCACAUGUAACAGUGAAGAGAAAACACUUUAUUUGAAAUAAAAUCGUAUUUACACAGA